AGAAGAGUUACAGGCUAGCCUGUAGGCUGGCUCAAUGUGAACGGCAUGUGCUAAAAAGGAAAGUGAAACCAGUUUCCAGAGCAGGCUGCUCACAUUUUUAACAUGGGGUGUUUAUCAAACACACACACACACACAAACGUAUAGUGUAUAAACAUCAGGAGUGUUGUAAAAAAAAGAGUUGCUGUGACCACCACCAGAACUCCCUGAUACCCAAUCUGCCCUUACUCCAUAUUUCAGUGUUCAUUUAACAAGGCCCUGUUACAGCAGGGAAGCCGAGGGCCUUAUCAGCUGCACCCUCACUCGCCAUACUCUUAUCAGCACGGCCUAGUUCACACACAAACCUCUCUCUGUCCAACAAACGCACACUCUUUCUAUCUCGCGCUCUUACCCUCACACAAGCAAAAUGGGGAAUGAACGGUACGGGGCCUUAUCAGUGUCCUGAGGGGCUUGGCAGCCACUUCACAGGCUCAGAUCCCCGUGCAAAGGCCACAGAGACAAACCUAUGUGACCAGAGCACCAAUGAACAAAGGCUGCGGAGUCGUCUGACAGGCUGCAGGGCGUGCUAACAAUGAAUAUACAGGCAGCACAAUGGCGGUGGACAGCAGCUGCCGUUCAAAGAAAGAACAAUGCGAGAAUUAGAGAUUUGGUCCGCAGCAAAAAAAAAAAAAAAAAAAUUGCUGCAUUCGCUACUAAAAGGAAAACAUGGCAACUUGCCACGCUGCGCAACCGGAGCCUGAAAUUCAGGUUAGGAAGGAAGUACAGUAGCUGGUAAUUCACUGACUGAGUUGUUCCAAUGAGGGCCGCCUACAGAACACUUGAAGGUUGUGAAGGUUCAUCUUUUAAACACCAGUCUAAUGUAGGUCAACAUACACAAGAUUUUUUCUUUAUAUAAAGACAAAAACACCUUAAAUAUCGGAUUUGUGUGACGGUUUACAGAGCAAAUCUUGCAUCCAAGUGAAAUUGUAUGUAUUUUAGGGAUUCGGAGUCCAAGGGAGUCCAAACUUUUUGCACCAAGGGCCACCUACUGAAAAAUGAGAGGAUGCAAGGGCCAAGUUAUAUUUAUUUCAAGAAAAAAAAAGUGCAUCUCAGCAUUGUGAUAUAGGUGAAAAAGCCUAUUAGCUUUGGUCUUUGCUAUUUUUAUCCUAUUUGUGCUGUUUUUUUUCCAAAUAUUUCAACUUCCAAUAUUCCAAUAUUUCAACUUCCUUAAAUAAUUUUCAUAAAGUGUUUCUCAUAAUACGACUUAAAAAAAUGUAUUUAAUGUUUAAAUUCUAUGCUAUUAAAAUGACAUUAUUUUUCCUCAUAUUACAAGAUUAUUCUCAGAAAAUUGUGACUUUUUAAAAUUUGAAUACAACAUUUUUCUCUGCAUAUUUUGACUUUAUUCUCGCUCCCAUACUGAACAAUGGCAGCACGCUGCUUUCAUUUUUGUCCGUUUACGGAGGCGAAGUGUUCAAAAGCAGGUGCACCGCACCUUGACGUCGACGCCAGGAGGCAGGGGUCCUGGGGCGCACGUAGCUGAGGAGAUCCGCCGCGUCCGAUUCGCCUCCACGCAUUGCCUUGUUGUUUCCUAAACUCUCAGGUAUAUACUCUGUCACAGAAUGCCUCCACUUUUAGGCAGAGUGUCCCUCACUUGAAAUGUACACAAUGGGGAGGGCUUUUCACCAGCAUGGAAAGGCAUGUGCGCGCACCCACUGUGCAAAAUGUAUCGCGAACCCACACCGCAGUUCAUAAGACCGGAUUGUCCCGUGCAGGGCGGACUGUACGGUACACGGUUUUAGCGUGCUAUUUUACUGGUGUGCCUCUUUUAUUUUGAAAGCCUGACUUCACUGGCUAGAAGGUUUGUUACAUCGAUGUUGCCCUAGUGUUGCCGUGUAGACUGGAGAGCAUUUUUAGAACCUACUUCCUGCAAGUCGGCCAUGUUGGUUCGUAGGUAUCAUUUUAUUCCAAUAAAAUGGGGUUAUUUGCAACAUAUCAUCUUAUUUUAAAAUGAAUUUCAACUGAUAUUUUUCGCACCUUUGUCUCUCUUCGCCACGCACAGGAUGUCGUUUGUAAAAGUACCGAUCUCAGGUGCAAACUACUCUUUGAAAGCCGCCAGCAGCGCCAACAAAUGCAAACAUCACAGGAAGCGAAAAAUGAGGAGGCCAUUGCUGUCUAAUAUGUUGGCAGUGGUUUGGCACAAGUACUCAGGAAGCGGUGCCUCCUAACUGAGCUGUGCUUCCUGUUUGAUAACUGACCCAAACAUGUUGCGCCUCCGUCUCACACGCUAAGAUGCACUCUCAUACUCACCCCCGAGAAGCUAAGAAAACAUCAAGAACCGCAAAGCCGCUAAGGUUGGAGGAUUAAUGGGAUUAAAAUAUGCCAGAGAAUUAAUUCCUCAAAGCUAUUUCCCCAGGAAGCUACUGUAGAGGCCUCAAAACCUGAUUAGUGGCGGGAUCUUCAACAGAAAAGACCUAAAGGUUCAACCCCGACCACAGGACAAAUUUCCUAGCUGCCACUUCCCCAUUUAAAGUUGAAAAACUUUGUUUCCCGUGACAUCUUCUGGUCAUUUAGUCUACUCACAGUCACUGUUGAGACGUCAGUAUCAUCACAUCCUGGGGUAUGCUCUCCGACGAUCGACUGAAGGUCCACAACUUCUGCCCGCUGCAAUUCACCAGGCGAUUCGGCCCAAUAAUUGCUUCUGCCUAACGACAAAAACACAUCGUAGCCCUCAGAACUGGGAUGCUAUAGCCACACCGUUACAUCUGCAGGCUCGUUUGGCAUAUUCAGCCAUGUUACAGCAAUCAGAGCUCAUCUUUGACUUCGCCAGUGACCAUGUGAACCUGUCAGGGUUGAAAGAUCACUCAGAUGUGCCUGCUGUGAUCAUGGAGCCGUUUCCACAUCACCACCUGCUGGCAUAUUCAGGGUUUUUAUGCGAAGAACCACAGGCAGAAGACCCCCAGUUGCUUAAAGUGGAGCCAUGUGAAAGUGGAGACGACGAGACCAUGGAAACACUUAUUGCUGCUGACUCACUUCUUGACUUGGACUGUUCUGACACCUUGUCGUUGGAGCAACACUAUUCCCAGACCUUUCUGCCAUCACUGGGUGACGUCAUCACUGCUCCUGUCACUCAGGUGACUGUGUCAGCAGAAGGGGUGGUGGGGGCUGUUGAAGAGCCGGAGUGGCACUCGUUGCACACAAAUAAGCCUACGACACAGCUGCAGUCCAAAAAGAGAAGUAGAAAACGUCAUCGAAGGGCAGAAUCUCCUACUCCUGACAUAAUAGUGAAGAGGAAUAAAUACAAUAAAGGCGGGAACACACUUUACCUGUGGCAGUUUCUAAUGGAGUUGCUGCAAGACAGACAGGUUUGCCCCCGCUACAUUAAAUGGACGAAUCCCAACGCAGGAAUCUUCAAACUGGUCAACUCAAAGGCCGUGGCAAAACUCUGGGGCAAACACAAGAACAAGCCAGAUAUGAAUUAUGAGACCAUGGGCAGAGCACUCAGGUAUUACUACCAAAGAGGCAUCCUUAAUAAGGUGGAAGGCCAGCGCCUUGUCUACCAGUUCACCUCACUCCCCGAAGACAUGAUUUAUAUAACAGAUGGUGAUGGCAGCAAAGAGGAUGAAGAACAUGACAGCAGUGCUAAUGAUGAGGGCGUGAGUGAAGACUCUGAUGACAGCGCUCUGUCUUCGAGCGACCAAUCGGUGGAGGAGAAAGAUCCCAUCCCACAGAAAAAGACGUCACUUAGCUCUGUCCAGGCCCCGCUUACCCAACGUAGCAGGCCUGCUCGUGACACGGGUUUUCGACCUUCCAACUCCAGCCUCAUCCAGGAGCAGCAUUUGCCCAUUGUGUCUGCUGAGAUGCUGCGCACCCUUCAGAAUCUGCCGAAAGUCCAGUCUCUCCAACCAGCAGGUCACGCCUCAGUCUUUAAGACGGCUCAGCUGCUGGGGAGUCUGUGUGAGCAGCAAGCUUCGGCUGACAGGAGGGAUGCGCCGGAUACACACGACGAGAAGUCCCAGCCAGGACCAAAAGCUUCGCAGGUGGAGCCCCCGCAGCUGGUGCCUCUUAUUGGCUCUGAUCAGUAGAUUACUGACCCACCCACAAGCACACACAUGCACCGCACUCCACUGACCCCUUCCACUCUUUAGUGUCAGAAAGCAUUUCAUUUAUUCUCUUUAAGGAAAACAGCACUUUCGGGGGAGUUUUGCCCAUCAGCCACAAUCCUUAUGUGAGACAUGAACACACGUAUUUCUAUUUUCUGUGUCUUCUAAAGAUAUAAAAACAGCUAAAAAGAGGCAGCUAAGAAUGCACGUAAUGGGAUGCACUUAUAAAGCCUUCUGAAAAAACCUUCUGAAAAAGCGCCAACAACGCUCCAUUUAUAUAUCAUAUGAUAUGCAUAUUAACCAAGCUACAGCGACAUUGUUAACAUUUUUACACCAAAGAACUACGUCAGAGGCGUAGUGACCCCUCGCCACACCACACCAGCUAACUUCUAGCCGUCUAGCAACUAGCUUCACCACACAGUAGCUCAUAGCGCAUCGCCAUCGCGCUCACAACGCCUCAGGCCACUGUCGAAAGGUAACGCUACAUAAUAGAGCUGCCGCCACUGCUGCUGUGUUUUUGUUUUUGAGUUUGGAAAAGUUACCGUUAGGUGUAGCGUUCGUUUCUAUGUUGCUAUGUGAAAUCAGUGCGCCCAGGAAGGAAGUUCCGAUAAUGCUUAAAUUACAUGUUAUCAUGAAUGUGCCUGUUACUACAUGGCCACUUUUUAGCUGUUUUUAUAUCUUUUAGAACACACAGAAAAGAGAAAAGUGUGUGUUCAUGUCUAACAAGGAUUGUGGAUGAUGGGCAACAUUCCCCCCCACCCCCAAAAAAGUGCCAUUUUCCUUUAAGUUGGACUGUGUCAGCCCAUAGCGUUGCAGAAAUUGACCUGAUGUUAUCACAAGUCUUCUGCCAUUCCUAUGUUCAGUACAUUUGACACCAAAGAUAGACACUGGAACCCACAGCGGCUCUGCACACACCUCCGCUUGCACUUCUGAGCUGCCAUUACUUUUGCCCUCCGUCCCCUCGUAUCCUGAAUCAUUCCUCUGCCUUGACAAUGACUUUGCACUAAUGUUUAUCUCUGCUGUAUGUUUCUUCUGAAAGUGCCUGAAGAUCUCAGUCCAUCCUGCCCCUCCUUUUAUCAAGGUGAGGGUAUUAAGGGAAACAUUCCACUUUUUUAUGGACUUCUGUUUGUCUUAUGAAUUGAUAAAACAUAAGGGAUCACUGUUAGAAUAGUAAUUUAGCACUGCUGCUGUUGGUAUUGAAGGUAUCUUCAGCAGACUUUUUUUUUGUUUUUGACAAUCAUGAGUGAUCUCUCGACUUUUAUUUAGCUACUGUGCCUCCUAUAUUCACACUGCAACUAUUUAGUUUUUGUUUCUGCUAUGCACACAUUCUGUUUUGUCUGAAGUUAUGUAAGUGCUUAUAUGGAACUGUAAAGCCUUGAUAUAUUAACGUAUUGUAUAUUUACAAUAUGCCUGUGAACAUGCUUGACUUGUGCCUUGUUGCCAUUUUUCUCCCUCAGGUUUUGUUUUGCAUAUCGACUGUGCAAAAAUGACAGUGGCUGGCCCUUCAUAAUGAAGUAAUGCUAAGUUCAAUGUGUUUUGUUUUCAAGUUUAUUUCAUUUUACUUUCAUUCACUAAGCCGGCCCACACUCCUCAUAAAAACUAAGCUUUAAAAAAAAAAAAAAGUGUUUUACACCAAUAUUUGUGACAACCGAUUUCAGUUAUAACUGUGCCUUUGACCUCUGGGAACUUUAUGCAAAAAAUGUCCUACUUUAACAUGAAGUAAGACUAUUAAUUGGGGAAUCUUUACUAUUUGCGUUUACUGGCGGUGUCUUGAUACUGAAUGGUUUUAAUAGAGGGAGAGGUGGCGUUUUCUGUUGCUUUGGGUGGUGUGAUGAUGCAGUAAGGAUGUGGUAGAAUGCAAGCUUAUGCUCAAGCUAUACACAAUAAAUAUAAUCUCAGUUUUUGUGUAAAAGUGAUUCCAGUUCAUUUGCACAUAUUUAACGAGAGGUACAAAUAGUGCUCUGUGUUACUGUUAAAAAGUUUUAUUUUGACGCAAUAUUUUCAUU